GUAGACCUCGUGGUUAGCGUUCUCGAACAGAACGACACUUGCACUUGUUCACUGUCGAAAUCACGAAAGAGAGGUUAACCGAAUCGCAGUUGACAAAUUUUUUUUUGUUCCUCUAAUCAAACAUAGCAAUAUUGUUAUUAAAAAAAAUUUCUCUUGAAACACCAUAUGUAAUUAAAUCUUUUCAACAAGUAAAAAUGGCAGUUCGCGUACAAUUCGAAAAUAACAACGAGGUCGGCGUGUUUUCGAAACUCACUAACUCUUAUUGCCUCGUAGCUAUUGGCGGUUCGGAGAAUUUCUACAGUGUUUUUGAAGCUGAACUCGGGGAAACGAUACCUGUCGUUCAUGCCUCCGUGGCCGGUUGCAGAAUUAUCGGGAGACUGUGCGUCGGCAAUAAAAAUGGACUUCUUGUACCAAAUACCACGACCGACAUUGAACUCCAACACAUAAGAAAUUCUUUACCGGAUAGUGUCAAAGUUCAGCGUGUAGAGGAAAGACUUUCUGCUUUGGGGAACGUUAUCGCCUGCAAUGAUUACGUUGCUCUUGUUCAUCCAGAUCUUGAUAGGGAAACGGAAGAAAUACUUGCAGACACCUUGAACGUCGAAGUAUUCAGACAAACGGUAGCAAGCAAUGUUCUUGUUGGUUCUUACUCUGUUUUAUCCAAUCAAGGAGGCUUAGUGCACCCAAAAACUUCUAUACAGGAUCAGGAUGAACUGUCGUCCUUAUUACAAGUGCCAUUAGUGGCAGGAACGGUGAACAGAGGUAGCGAUGUAAUAGCAGCUGGUAUGGUUGUAAACGAUUGGGCAAGUUUUUGUGGUAUGGAUACAACGGGUACAGAGCUAUCAGUGAUAGAGAGUGUGUUCAAGUUGAAUGAAGCAACUCCAGCAGCAAUAACAUCAUCGAUGCGCGCGUCCCUUAUCGAGAGCAUGUCCUAGAACCACCUUAAAAAAACUUGUGCGACAACUUGUGUGCCGAGCAAGGAGACUCACCGUUACCUGUGUACGUGUACAUAAAAGCGAACUUAUUGUAUUCCAUAAUUGCACAAAGUGAUGAGAACGGCUUUCGGAGAGGAUGUCGCACAGAGCGUUACGAACUCUUCAAUUUACACCCGACAAAAAACAAAUAAAUUUUCCAAACGCUUAAAUAAGGAAACAAAGAAAAACAUAAAAGAACAAAGCUUUCUUCGAGGAUUAUAUAAUAAAUUUCCAUAUCGAUAUGGUAUACAUAUUAAUGAAAAUAAAACAAAAAAAAUGAAGUCAUGAUGAAUAUUAA